CAAUGUCUCUGGAGCCAGGACUUGGGCCCGGUGUCGGGUGCCCAUGCCGGGGUUCCUCUUGGCUCUGAUCCGCUGCGGCAAUCUCGACGAUGAGCCUGCUCUACCAGCGCACACCUCUGAUCAAGGCGUCUGACUCGGCCGCCGCUCGCCUCGGAGUCAGGGCGGUCUAUCUAAAGCUGGACAAUCUCCAGCCCUCCGGAAGCUUCAAGAUCCGAGGAAUCAGCCACCAUGUCCGCCGAACCCUCGCCGGCCGAUCCGACACCGGCCCCCUGGCCCUGAUUUCGUCCUCGGGUGGCAACGCCGGAAUGGCAGUCGCAUACGUCGGCAAGGCGUACUCGCUGCCGACCAUCAUCUUUGUCCCGAAAACAACCGCUGGGUCGAUCAUCCACAAGCUUGAAGAGCUCGGUGCCCAAGUCCGUGUCGUUGGCUCCGUCUGGGACGAGGCCCACCAGGCCGCCGUGGCCUACUGCAACGAGCUUGGAGCGGCCCAGACCCUCUACGUCCACCCGUUCGAUCACCCGGAUCUGUGGGAGGGCCACUCGACUCUGGUUGACGAGAUUGUCGAGGAUGGGGUGCUGCCCGAUCUUGUCGUCUGCUCCGUCGGCGGCGGAGGACUGCUGGGUGGUAUCCUCCAGGGGCUGGCCAAGCACCAGCUGCCCCAAACUCUUGUUGCGGCCGUCGAAACGGACGGAGCAGCGUCUUGGAGAGCAGCCCAAGAUCAAGGCCUGGUCGAGCCCGUCGCCAUCAGCGAGAUCUCUACGAUCGCCAAGACACUGGGUGCCCGUGCGGUCUCGGCCGGUGUCCUCAAGCUGGCCCGAGCCCAUCCUGCCGGCGUUGUCUCGGUGCUUGUCAGCGACCGGGCUGCCGUCCAGUCCUGUCUGAUCUUUGCGGACGAAUACCGAUUCUUGGUCGAGCCGGCCUGCGGUGCUUCCUUGGCGCUGCUGGACGACGCCGCCCUGUUCAAACAGUCGUUCCCGACCCUGGGCCACGAAUCCGUCGUCGUUGUCGAGGUUUGCGGCGGGAGCGGUGUGAACCUGGAACUCCUGAGCGACUGGAAGUCCCAGACGGGACUCGCCGAUUGAUCCCAACCAACAAUGUUCCGUCUUUGAUGUCUGCAUGAGGUGCAGCAUCUAAAGCAGACACUGGCGAGUACCAGGGUUGUUGUUCCUGACAGUGCACAUAAUAAACAUGACGUCUCGGGUUGAGUGCCUUUGGCGGCCUUUCUGGAUCAGCCCA